AUGAAACUCCGCAGCAUAAUCAAAGAAAAACAUCGAAUAGAAAAAGUGUCUAAUCAUGUGACAAACAGUUGGGAUGAUUGGGUUCCUCAAGACCGAGUUAGGAAGUUCACCGACGAGAACAAAGAACUUGCUGCACAGCUUCACAACCAGAUGAAGAUGCUGCAACAGAAGCCGGCAAAGAGCAUGUCAAAGAAGGGGGGACGCACCAACGGUUCUGAUUUCAGUUCGGCUCGUGGCAGCGAGGAGCGUCAUGCAUCUGCUGCUGCUCAAGGCGGUCGUGGACCCAGGAGAACUAGGGAUUAUGAUCUGGAGAAUACUUCGAAUAUGGACCAUACCUCAGCACCUAAGGCAAUCAGCAAUGCCGACCAUGACUCAGAUACUGCCUCAGAUACUGCCUCAUACACGACUGAGGAAGAAGACUGGGGAGCUAUUGGUGCUGAAGGUCUUCUUAGGCGCGCACAAGGUCACCUUGACACAAGACCAUUAAGCAUCGCACAUCCUAUCAAAACACAAUCUCUAGUUGAGGAGGACAACGAGCACAGAAUAUCAAGCAACAUCUGCCCUCCAAAUACUCCCUCCGAUACGACUGAGGUAGAAGACUGGGGAGCUAUUGGUACUGAAGGCCUUAUUAAGCGAGCAGAAGGCCGCGGCUACACUAGACCAAGCAGCAACGCAAAUCUUCCCAAAACGCAAGCCCAAGUUGAGCAGGGUUUGCACAACUUCUGGGACGACGAGAGCAAGAUAUCAAGCAGCAUCUGCGCGUCUCCCUCUUCGAUCUCUUCAUCUUCCAACGACCCUUCUUCCACCUCACCUUCGCAUACAGCUGUGCCUUCCUCAGCUCCCGUGGCGCCUUCCUCUUUGCCUUCCACCUCAAAUCAAGACGCGUCUGGUCUCGAUCACUCGCAUAACGAGCACUCGUCUCCUAUCAGUCACCCACUUCCUAGCCUUCGCGAGCGUCUGAAUAGGCACUCGUCUCCUAAAGGUCACUCACUUCCUGGCCUUCGCGAGCGUGUCAACGAGCACUCGUCUCCUAUCGGUCACUCGCCUCACCUUCAUACCAUCAUGGACCCAGAUUCAGAGUCAGAGCUGUCAGACGUCGACGAGUCAAUUAUUGACCAGUACGAAUCUGAGACGCGUGCUACCGACUUACAAGCCAAGCGUGAGCUCAUUGAAGAAGAAGAAUCUGUUGCGCGUCCAUCCAAGAUCUCCCAAGCCAAGGACGCGGCGACUGAUGCUGCACAAUCCUCGAGAAAUAGCUUACGAUCUGAUGGCCAGGUAGCAUUGCCAGCUGCUUCUACGAGUCGUCGUGGCAAAGCUGUUCUCAAUCUUAACCCCCACGCCGAUGAGAACCACAGCGGCUACUUGAAGGUCACAAGAAAGAACCAUUGGAGCAACCCCGGUACGGACCUCUAUGAUAUAAAGAGGAUGCUCAUGUCCGACCAAUGUCUUGCUCCGGAUACUCUCCUUCAGCGUCCCACGCCAGACUUCAAAUAUAUCCAAGAUGAUGGAACUCUCCGUCCUGCGCCGCACUACGACUGGAACGCGAAAAAUAAGGAAAAAGACAAGAAGAAAUACACUGGUCAUCCAAAAUAUGCGGCUCACAAGAGAAACAACACAGCCACCAGAGAGAACUUGCUUUACUACAACUUCAUGCAAAAGGAUCAUAAUAUACCACUGGCUGGAAUGCUUGACAUUAAGCAAUCACAGACCUCUGAAGUCAGAGAUUUGGCAGCUAUGGUUAUGCGUGUCCGAACAUAUGAUCUAACAGAUGCUCAACCACAGGAAGAGGCUUUCAAUACUCGCCCAUCAAUUCACCUACCCAUUCCCGACCACAUCAAGGCCAUCCUCGUUGAUGAUUGGGAGAAUGUUACGAAGAAUCAACAGCUGGUCCCUCUGCCUGCCCCUCACUCGGUAGAGUCAAUCUUGAACGAUUAUCUGGCUUUCGAGAAUCCUAAGCGUCAAGCUGGCACCCAUCAAGCAGACCUUCUCCUAGAAGUAAUUCAGGGAUUGAAGGAGUACUUUGAGAAAUGCCUCGGCCGAAUCCUUCUCUAUAGAUUUGAGCGCCAACAGUACUUCGAAGUUCGCGAGGGAUGGAAUAUGGCUGAUGGUGAGCUCGCUGGCAAGACUGCUAUUACUACUUACGGUGCUGAGCACUUCUGCCGUCUGCUUGUUUCACUCCCUGAACUGCUUGCCCAAACCAAUAUGGACCAACAAUCCUGCAACAGACUGUGUGAGGAGCUUGCGAAAUUGACCAUCUGGCUUGGACGAAAUGCCUUCACCUACUUCAGGAGCGAGUAUGAAACACCUGGACCAUCAUACAUCGAGAAGGCUCGUAACAGUUGA